ACUGCGCAUGCGCAAACAAAGCCAACUGUUUGGCAGUCAGCUGUAUUUCAUUCCCUUUCCCUAUUUCCACUAGCUGUCAGUUAGUAUCGAACCGUGAGACCGAGGGGAGCUGACGCUAGCGCCCAGCAAAAUAUUUUCAAAAAUGUGAUACAAAAUUUAAAACAUUUCCUCUAUAAAUUUACAUUUCGGACUUGGUUCUAUUCCUAAAUUUACUUAAUCUACAAACAGUGAAUGUAUAAGAGGCAAGGUUACUCAGUAAUUUAUUCCUACAGGCUAGCUCUAGCAUCCAUCCCCAGCCUUGGAUAAUAUCAACUAUACUUUCGGAUCUAAAAAACAUUGCGUAACCUCUAUAGGGUGAAGAAUAAAAAAUAUGGGAAUUCUAAGUGGACAUAUUGGUGUGUAAAUAGGUUCCCACUGUAUAAGAAGAUGAACUCUACCUACUACAACGUUAGAUUGACCUACUUAAAAACAGCUGAUAUUCAAACACUUUCCCCUCCUGGGGAAAGUCUGAUUUGGGCCAGGGAAUAAAAAACAGUUCCCCCCAUUUAGCCCUAUUUGUAAAAAACAAGACUUAUUCAGUGAUUAAUUGUCAUUUUCUUAAAAUUAAAUUCUCGGAGAUAGCUAUUUUGUGCAAUCCAGAGACGAAAAUACAAACUCUAAAUUGGGACAAAUUCUUUUUGUUCCUCUACAGUUUGGGAAAAUAAUCAUCCCAACAGUUUGGGAGAAUAUAACUCUGCUAGCGCGUAUAUGUAUAUUGUCGGAACACAAAACACGGUUUGUCCUUGAUAUGAUUGGCGAGGCGUAGAAAAGAACGAACGAAAGGUUUCCUCGUCUAGAAGACCUUGAAUUCCAGGCCUAAACCAGGCCUUCAACCAUGGCUCGUAUAGAUAUCCAGGAAUCCAAUGGGAAGGGGGGAAAUAAAUCCCCCUCCCCUACCAGAAAAGCCCAGGGGGAUAAAGAGGCCAAAACUGAACCUCUGAAUAGUGACUCUGGAUAUUUCGAGGGUGAAGAGGAAACUCUACAUCGAGAGGAGAGCGUUGAAAUUAUUUUUGAUAAAAAUGCUUCAAAUAACAAUCUAGGAGCAGAUGGAAAACCUAAUUCAGAUUGUUCCGCGACUGAAUGCAGUGGAAAGAAGUUUGGAGUUUCAAUGAAGGAUUUUGAUAUUCUGAAAGUACUUGGCACUGGAGCGUACGGGAAGGUGUUCAUGGUUCGAAAAGUUCGCGGUCCUGACCGCGGUCAGCUUUACGCGAUGAAGGUGCUGAAAAAGUCUAACAUUGUUCAGAAGAAGAAGACGACCGAACAUACCAAAACAGAACGACAGGUUUUGGAAACUGUGCGUCAAUCUCCUUUCCUAGUCACAAUGCAUUACGCAUUCCAGACUCCAGCUAAACUACAUCUUGUACUAGACUAUGUGAGUGGAGGUGAACUUUUUACUCAUCUUUACCAACGAGAGAAGUUCAAGGAGUCAGAAGUCAGAAUAUAUAUUGCAGAGAUAGUUUUAGCUUUGGAGCACUUACAUAAGAACGGGAUUAUUUAUCGAGAUAUAAAGUUAGAGAAUAUAUUGCUGGAUUCUGGAGGACAUAUUGCACUUACAGACUUUGGACUUUCUAGGGAAUUUUCUCCGUUAGAAAAGGAGCGUCGUGCCUACUCUUUCUGUGGUACUAUCGAGUAUAUGGCUCCAGAGGUGGUCAUGGGAGGAAACCACGGUCACAAUGUGGCUGUUGACUGGUGGAGUAUAGGAGUACUCUGCUAUGAACUCCUAACUGGGGCUUCACCCUUCACCAUUGACGGAGAGAAGAACAGCCAACAAGAUAUCAGCAAACGUAUCCUCAGAACUGAACCUCCAAUGCCGGACUGGCUAUGCGGUGAUGUUCGGGAUUUUAUCCUCCGACUACUGAUUAAGGACCCCAGCCGGCGGAUGGGUGGCGGAGUGACUGACGCGGAAGAGAUUAAGGCGCAUCCUUGGUUCCGAAAUAUUAGCUGGGACGAUCUGUUGAAGAAAAACAUUCCUGCUCCUUUUAUUCCAAAGAUUAGCAAUGAGUACGAUGUAUCCAACUUCUCCGAGGAGUUCACAAACAUGAGAGCUGCUGACAGUCCAGCCAUCACCCCACCUAAUGUAGAAAUGGUUUUCAAAGGAUAUUCUUACGUCGCUCCUUCCGUUCUUUUCUCCGAGAACCUUGUGAGCGAAGAUAUAUUUAAACCUUCUCCGGAUAAACGUCCCAGUAUAUCAAACCUUGUUGGGAUGAAGAUACGAAAAUCGGAGUUUUUCUACAAAUACGAGAUUGAUUUUAAGGAGAAGAUUCUCGGCGACGGAAGUUACUCCGUCUGUCGGCGAUGCACUGAUAAGCAGAGCGGCGAGAGUUAUGCCGUGAAAAUUAUCAGCCGACGAAUAGAUGCAAGCAACGAGAUUAAACUGCUCAAACUAGCUCAGGGACAUCCAGGGGUUGUCCGUCUGGUGGAGGUGAUCAUGGACGCCUGCCACACCUACAUCGUCACUGAGCUCCUCAGGGGUGGUGAACUGUUCCACAGGAUAAAAAAGAAGCGGAGGUUUACUGAAGAAGAAGCUAGCCGCAUCCUUCGUUCUCUUACCUCAACCAUAAGCUACCUUCACUCCCUGGGACUAGUGCAUAGAGAUCUGAAACCAGAGAACCUACUCUUCGAUACCAUGGAGGAGAAUGCUCAACUCAAGGUUGUGGAUUUUGGAUUUGCCCGUCUUAAACCCGAACUUGAGUCUGGGAUGCUCACCCCGUGCUUUACAUUACCUUAUGCUGCUCCUGAGGUGCUGGAGGUAGCCAUGAGAACAAGCAACGAAGGAUACAAUGAGAGUUGUGAUAUGUGGAGUCUCGGAGUUAUAUUGUAUGCAAUGCUGGGCGGAACUGCUCCCUUCUACUCCAGACCCCGCGUUGACACCGCCAGUUCAAUCAUGCGUCGGAUUAAGGAUGGUGACUUCCGGUUUGACGGUGACGCCUGGAAAUGCGUCAGCAACACUGCCAAGACUCUAUGCAAGGGUCUGCUGACCGUAGACCCCCGUAAACGGAUCUCAAUGGAUCAGCUCCAUUCCGCUCCUUGGUUAUCACAAACCACUGCCAAUGUAAAUCCUUUGAUGACCCCGGCCCUUCUGAUCGCAGAUCCAACCAUGGAACUCUGCAUCAAGCAGACCUACGCAGCAUUCCACAACGCUACCAGAGAAGGAUUCCGUCUCUUCCCGGUUGCAAGCUCAGGGAGCAAACUUCUUCAAAAGCGGAAACUCAAACAGUCGGUUUCCACUGAAACCACCAUAUCUAGUUCCUCCGAUAGAUCCAGUUUCGGAUCCAAAUCUUCCUCCGGUAGCUCCGGAAGCCUGACAAACUCCUCUGCUAAACUAUGGGGCGGAUCCGUUAACCAAUUGAAGCCCAAGGAGUCGGAUGUGUUCAGCUUUAAAGGUCAUCAAGUAUCCGAGUACCUAUCCUCCUUCCCUGGCAUUCCAGUUCCUCUCCCCUCAUACUGCUCCCCACUCACUCUUCCCUUGACAGUCCAGGUCUCUUCUUUCUCUAGUCACACCCUGCCCGCCCCACCGCCGCUGCUUUCAUACCCGCCGCAGCCGUUCCCUUUCCCGCUGGGGAACAGUGGGGUCUCUCUUAGUAUAAUAUCUUCGCCUGUGAUAGCUCCCUCCUCUACCCCUAGUCACUCUGUUCUCUGCACCCCUGAGUGCCACUGCUACGGACCGAUCACACGAUCAAGGAAAAGAAAACUUUGUGAAGGAUCGCCGGGCAGUACCGCCACCGCCGUCACUAUCUCCCCCUCCACGAAAACCCCGUCGCAGGAUCUGAAGAAGAAGUGUGUACGAAAUGAGACUAUAACCAUUGAAUAGUGAUGAGCCCGCGUCCCUCGCUAGAAGUUUACCAACGCCAAACUAAAUUCGGUGGAUUUCUACAGCAGAGGGAAGAAGGGGCUUCACGCAUACUUUAUAUCUAGUAUUAGUUUAUAUUAAGUUUACAGACUGACUUUUAUACAAAGCAUGCAUAGAAACAAUAUUCGUGUAUCUACACAACAAAACUCAAUAUAUUGA